AUGCUGCGUAGUAUCGUGCGCGUGACCGCGGUCUUAUCCGCCGCGUUCACGUUUGCGCGAGAUCAUGACUAUCAAGAUCCCCAGCAGCUGGGCGUCGUUGUUCCUACCUACAAGGGCGACCUCGCCAGGGCUGUAUCUUCGCUUGAGCGAUGGCCCGCCAAGUGCUCACCCCUGACCCUCGAGAAUGCCGACCUCGUGUUGUACUACGCGGAGGAAGAGAGCAGCGCCACUGCCUCCGCCCUCGACAGCAUCUCCAGCACCGCCGGCCGAUGCUUCGCGAGAACGCGGAUCGUGUUCGCCAAUCUUGCGGAAGAGGAUGAUAUCUACCCCCAAGGCCCCUCCGUCAUGUUCUACAAUAUGUUCCUCGACGAGGACGUGCGCUCCAGCCUCUCCGAGUACGACGCGCUCUCUAUCAUCGAGUGGGACGUGCUCGUCGCCAGCGACAACUCCUUCGAGGAGCUUUACCACGCCGCGUUCCGCGUGAACGAGGAGUUCUGGGUGAAGGGAAGCAACCUCGAGGGCACCUCGUUCCACUCGAACGCCGAUGCCAUCGAGAUGUGGCAAUUGCUCGGCCACAUCAACGGCAACGCCAUCUACAACAACGACGACCCGGCGUUCGUCGAGUACGUGGAGUACACUCGGGCCCGCUGGGGAUACGAGCACCCGUACGACGUGGCGCUGUGGAUGACAAUUUCGGACUUCCCGUACAGCUGGCCUCUCUACCAGCGUUACUCGAGCAAGUUCGUUGUGACCAACCUGAUAUCCUCCGUCGGGUACGAGCACGUCAACCACGACACGGUCUCCGACGCCAUCGCGGGCAAUACUCUGUUCAUCCACGGCAGCAGCGUGGACGAGGGCAACGUCGCGUCUUACGAGGCUACUGAGGGCGACGCCUCUGUCGACGUCACAGCAACCCAGCGCCAUCUCACGGAGGACGUUCCCAAGUGGAAGGAACAGGAGAAGUGGAAGACCAGCACCGUCCCCAAGUGGAAGCUCAACGAGAAGUGGAAGACGGAGACGGACGACGGUGUUCCCAAGUGGCGCGCCAACGAGAAAUGGAAAAAGCAGUACGAGGAUUCUCCGGAUGAGGAAGGGUGCAUGAACGGGUGCGAGUACACGAGCAAGGACGGCACCAGGGGACGCGUGUGCGACUCGAACUGCUCCAGGAGCGACGCGUACGGGACCCUCGGAUGCGGCGCCAAGAGCGGAAAGUACGGUGCGGACUGCCGCGCUUGCUACAACGACGUCGAGAAGGCCCGCAAGCAGGACACGCCCGCGAACCGCGCGAUCAUGUGCUCGACCAAGAUGCCCGUGGACGUCUACGACCGUCGCCUGACUGCCGUUGAGAGCGACCCGCUGCUUGUCGCGCGGGAUUUGGAGGUCUUGCAGAAGGACGCGUCAUCCCCGUCGGUAGAGGAGCACCGCCAGCUGACGGAGGAUGUGCCCAAGUGGAAGGAACAGGAGAAGUGGAAGACCAGCACCGUCCCCAAGUGGAAGCUCAACGAGAAGUGGAAGACGGAGACGGACGACGGUGUUCCCAAGUGGCGCGCCAACGAAAAGUGGAAGAAGCAGUAUGAAGACUCCUCGGAUGAGGAAGGGUGCUUGGACGGGUGCGAGUACACGAGCAAGGACGGCACCAGGGGACGCGUGUGCGACUCGAACUGCUCCAGGAGCGACGCGUACGGUACCCUCGGAUGCGGCGCCAAGAGCGGAAAGUACGGUGCGGACUGCCGCGCUUGCUACAACGACGUCGAGAAGGCCCGCAAGCAGGACACGCCCGCGAACCGCGCGAUCAUGUGCUCGACCAAGAUGCCCGUGGACGUGUACGGCCGUCGCCUGACUCCUGUCGACGAGAGCGACCCUCUUCUUGUUGCGCGUGGUCUCGAGGCCUUGCAGGAGGACGCAUCGUCCCCUCCGCAAGAACACCGCCGGCUGACGGAGGAUGUGCCCAAGUGGAAGGAACAGGAGAAGUGGAAGACCAGCACCGUCCCCAAGUGGAAGCUCAACGAGAAGUGGAAGACGGAGACGGAUGACGGUGUUCCCAAAUGGCGCGCCAACGAGAAGUGGAAGAAGCAGUACGAGGACUCUCCGGAUGAGGAAGGGUGCUUGGACGGGUGCGAUUACACGAGCAAGGACGGCACCAGGGGACGCGUGUGCGACUCGAACUGCUCCAGGAGCGACGCGUACGGGACCCUCGGAUGCGGCGCCAAGAGCGGAAAAUACGGUGCGGACUGCCGCGCUUGCUACAACGACGUCGAGAAGGCCCGCACGCAGGACACGCCCGCGAACCGCGCGAUCAUGUGCUCAACCAGGGAGCCGGUCGACGUCUACGGCCGCCGCUUGUCUGCCCACCCUGAGGACCGCUUCCCUCAGCUCGCGCAGCAAAUGGAAGCCGAGGACAGCGAGGACGAGAACUCGGAGGGCAGCUACGAGCCUCGCGUGGAGGUCGAGGUUGGCAGGGAGAAGGCGAUCCGCUUCUUCGAGGCGGCGGCGGAGCGGCCGUACCUUGGCGAGAUAAACCGCGGUGACCUGUGCGCUUUCGUCAGUGGUGGGGUGGGCGAGGAGGCCAUGUGGGAGGUGACGGUGAAGAGCAUCCUGCAGUUCAUGCCGGGCAUGAAAGUGGCCAUCGCUGCUGAGUCGGAGGGACUUGACGCAUACGAGAGGUCUAUGGGCCGUCUUCCCGGCGUCACGGUGUCCGGCACCCAGAACCCCGCCACGGCGGCCCUGUUCGCGGACAAGUACUGCUCCUUCAGCGAGCUUAUCUUGUACGUGAGGCCGGGGUCCGUUCUCUCCCGGUCCUUCACCCCCAAGGACACCCACUCCCCGCGUGGCGACCUCUUGGUCGUGCACGCGGGCUCUCAGGGGAGCUACCAUGACACGGAGCUGAGCCACCGCUCGUCGUCGGUGCUCGGGUUCGAGACGCCGUCCUUCACCCAGGGUACCGACCUGAUGCUGCCGGGAGAUGCGAACUACUAUGUCAGGGAGGCGUUGGGGUUGAAGAUCGGUUCCGAGGGGCUGCAGGAAGACCGCGACGGUGAUGCCGUGAUCGCGCUUCAGGAGUUCGUUUACUUCGACCAGGUCUCCGCCGUCCCUCAGGUGCUCGCCGCGGUCGCAUACUCCCGUAAGACGCCCGGAGUUUGGUUCGUUGACCCCCGUGGUUGGGUAGGCCAGAACCUCUUCAAGGAGGCGUCCAUCUGGGACAUCCCCCUAGUCAAGCCUCGAUUUACAUGCACCAUCGCCUCGGACAAGCUGGACUCCUCAAGCCCCAAGACCGCCCAAGUCUUGCAAAACAGCGUGGUCUUUUUCGCGAAUGGCGGCAAGUGCGCCAACGGCCUGAUCGCAGACGCGCCGUAG